GGUAAAUCGUUCCAGAAAUCCCAUUUUUCCUCUCCGAUGAGAGGCAAAACAGCACCAGAAGUUGCUCCUUGCGAGAAACUUUCACUCCGCAGUUCUUUUUUGAAGCUUAAGUUCCGCUCCGGAAAUUAAUUUCAAUCUUCCUCUUUGGCGACGAACUCUUUGGACUAUUCUAUUCAUGUGCAUGGUUGUUGUUGCUUCUGUGGGUAACUUGGUUGUCAUUUGGAUAGUACUAGCAAACAAACGAAUGCGGACGGUAACCAAUUAUUUCCUUGUUAAUUUGUCGAUAGCCGAUGCGAUGGUUUCAACUCUGAAUGUAACUUUUAAUUUCACUUAUAUGCUGAACGUUGACUGGCCGUUUGGUAAUUUUUAUUGCAAAAUAUCACAGUUUGUAGCUAUUCUCAGCAUUUGUGCGUCGGUUUUCACAUUGAUGGCUAUUUCCAUUGACAGGUAUAUGGCAAUUAUGAAUCCACUUAGCCCUAGAAUGGGAAGAACUGCAACUCUUUGUACGGCAGCUAUAAUUUGGACAGUAGGUAGUAUAAUUUCAAGCCCAAUGCUGUUAUUUUUUACAACCUACGACCUACACGACCGAGUUGUUUGUUACGCUGAAUGGCCUGAUGGUCCGACGAAUCAUUCUAUGCUAGAGCAUGUCUCGAUUCGCAGGAACUGACACAAAUACUAUACCUUUUGGUGGUGCUGAAUUCCGAGGCGCCAGAUCGUUACUUUUGGAUACCUAUGUUCCAGUUUAUGGUAUCCUGGAUCAAGGGAAUAAGCUUCCUUCAAUAUUCAACCAAGAAAGACUAGUCUUCUGGGCGGAAAGAGAUGGCUGACAAGUCACGGGUUAAAAGACACA